AUGUCCUCAUCACAGACUUCUCCAUCCUCACCCAUCCUCUCCCUCCCCGGCGAAAUCCGCAACCAAAUCUGGCGAUCCCUCGUCCUCUCCCCAGUCCCCCUCAGCGUAGCCCCCUUCUGCCAAACCAACAUCAGCUCUCGUCUGCAACAACCCGCCCUAGCAUUCGUCAACAAACAAGUCCGCUCCGAAGCACUCGGCAUCUACUAUUCCGAAAACACAUGGUUCCUGGGGAAAAUCGGCUACCACGCCAUCCCCAACGACAUCAAAUUAUACGAUUUCCAUCUCCGGCUCAGCCGCUGGCGCACCUUGCUCGGGCCCACCAACACCAGAUGCUUGGCGAAAUUAAGCUUGGGUAUCGAUGGAAGAUGUUAUGCGUGGAGUGACGACGGGGGGAUUUCCGAGGAUGCCACAUAUGAAAUGCGCGUGGUAGGGGAAGGGGUGUUGAAGUUUGAGCGGAAUGGGAAACCGAGAUGUCUGUGUCGAUUGAAGGAAGGGGUAGAGAGGGAGGCGACAAGGGAUGGGGCGGUGUUGUUGGAGGUGGUGAAGGAGUAUAGUGCGAGUUAUUGUGAGACGGUGCAUGAGGGAGAGUGUGACGGGUGUGGGAAGAGUCGGUUGGAGAAGUUUGGGAAGAGUGAGGUUACGCAUUUGCCUCUGUGGGAGGAUAUUGUGACCUGUUAG